UUAUUUUCAUGUAGUCGCUUUCGAUACACCAAAGAAUUAAGGUUGUGUCGCUCCGUCGAACUCGUAAACAAGUAAAUCCGUGAGUGACCUGAACUUGUGUAGUUCUGUGUGUGACUCCGACGCUGUGAAUUCAAAAUGGGGUGUGGAACGAGUUUUGUGAAAUAUGUGCUGUUUUUCUUCAACCUGGUGGUCGCGCUGUUCGGUCUGGCGGUGAUCGGUAUCGGUGUCGCCGUGCUGCUGAACUGGUCAGUGAUCAAGCAGGAGUUGCAGGGUCACUUGACAGUUGCGCCAUGGGUGUUCAUCAUCAUCGGAGCGGUGAUGUUCGUUAUCGCCUUCUUCGGUUGCUGCGGAGCGAUACGCGAGAGCCACUGCAUGGUUGUCACGUACGCUAUCUUCUUGCUGGUGAUCAUCAUCGUGCAAGUGGUGCUCGCUGUCCUGAUGUUCACUUACGCGGACAACAUCAAGGAAGCCCUUGUCAAAUCCGUUAACUCAUUGUUCGACAAACGAAGCAUAGACCCUGCUGCUGAAACCGUUUUCAACAAUCUUCAAGAACAGCUCAAUUGUUGUGGCAAGAACAGUGCUUCUGAUUAUGGCAUCAUCCUACCCAAGUCUUGUUGCUCUCAAUUGGGUACAGUCGGCAAAGUUCUUGGAGACCAGUGCACCCUCGCUGACGCAAACAACGUCGGCUGCAGCCCGCGAGUCGCCGACCUGUACGAGAUGUGGAACAAGACCAUUGCUGGUGUCGCUAUUGGUGUAGCUUGUGUUGAGGUGAUCGGCGCUCUGUUCGCGCUGUGCCUCGCCAACUCCAUUAGAAACAUGGACAGAAGGUCACGCUACUAAUAUUUUGUACAUUAGAGCUGGUACGCUUGAAUUACAAGAACAACACAAAAAUAACUUCAAAUAAGAACAAUCAACUUAAAUCACGAAACGGAAUACCAUAAAAUACAAUUAUCUACAAGUUUAGUUAUUAUUAAGUUGACAAAGCCCCACCUCAUAAUAUUUUCGAAUUCCGAACUGUUACCACUACCAUAAACAAAACUGUUUUUUUUUUAACUCACUAGAGACAAUUUAAUACGGGACCUGAUAACUUUGUUUUCUUUCUAUUUAAUGUACAAGUUAAUUACGAUUAAAGCGGCUAUAAUUCCAUAUAAUCAAUGUCUCUACCUUAACUUACGAGUUAAUCGAUACACCGAAAACUGUUUACCUUCCCGGUAACGAGUUACGACUUUUUUUUUUUUGUUUGUUAUUCAUUAAUUUUAAUUGACAUUACGUGGAUUUAAAUAACGCGUUACACAUUUUUAAUUUAAGUUAAAUUUCAUUUUUGUUACGCGUAAUUUUAUGAAAUUUAUUGAAAAUAGGUUAUAUAAGUUAGUUAAGCGACUGUUUAUAAUAUUACAAUUUAACUGAAAUUAUAUAAAAAAAAAAUAUUUUAUUAAUCGAACUUUGUAAUUUUUAAUAAUUGUACGUCCAAUAUUAAAUAUAUAUUCAUACUAUAAAUGUGUUGAAUUUUUUAAGCAUUUCUAUAUUAUUAUGACGUUAUUAAUUAUGAAACGUUCUCUUAAUGUAUUAUGAAUAUAGCUAUAAGUAUCGGGAGAAAAUGUCUGUUUAUUAUUGUAUUUUGAAUCUCUUGUGCAUUUCCGAUGAUACCGCUUUUGUGAAUGAUUUACAUUGUAUGAAUAAAUAAAUUUCAACAAAUACCA